CGUUCUUCCCCACGUCCCACGGGAGCCGAGCAGACCGGCAGAAGCCCCGUCCCGCGGGUUCUUGCCCCAGACGCUCCGUACUCCGCGAAGUUCCUGAGGGAUCCAUCGCAGUCCUGUCAGUGCACCAAAAGGACUCGCGCCCGGCAGACCAAGCCCUCGCCCGAACACGCCUCUGAAUUCUCCCGAAGAAGCCGCCGAAGAAUAACGUCACUGUGAAAAAUUGAAAAGAUCCUUUGAAAAAGGCGCAAGAUGUUUGUUGACUCAUCGUGAAAUUCUUCGAGGAUCGCAUCAGGAGCCCGCGGUCCUUCGUGCAAAAGAAUUCAGUGAUCAAUAGACGAUGGCAUGAUUAUUUUCAAGACAAAUCUGACGAUUGAAAGACUCAAAAUUUCUGUCCGGAACAGUUGAUGAUUGUUUUAAGACGUUCGUCAGAUUUUUGAGAGCACCUUGAGCGUUCUGAAAAUGCACGAUUGUUUUGGGAAACGCUCGCCACCUGGUCCGUCGUUCGGGAAGACUUUAAGGACGUUUCCGUCGCUCGCGAACGUGACGCAAAGACCUAUUUGUUGAUUGAAACAUUUAGUCUGUCUUCGCAGGAUAUUAUUGAACGUCGAAAUAAACGAAAUCAUCUGGAAAAGAGCAACUUCAAUUAUCGUAAAGGAUUUUCAACUGCGUUUCGUCAAUUUCGUGCAGUGAAUGUGAAUCAAUUUGGAAAGUUGAGAAGAAAGGAUCUAAUUGAUGGAAAAUCAACUAGAAUCGUCGAUUAACACGAUAAAAAUACUCAACAAUUUGCCGAAGAAACUUUCGAAAGGUGCUAUUAAAGGGAACAAUUGAGAUCAACAGGAUUUUGUAAGUCUCUCAGGACUAAGGAUAAAACAUAUCUGAAGUACUAUCGUUGCUAAAAAUAUUUUUAAGGUCGCUGAGAAAGAUCGAAGUCAACAAUAUGCAAUCUACGGAAAUUUAUUUUAUACACAUAAAAUAGAAACGAGCCGUCAAUCAAUUUGUCAAUCAGAAAUGUCGUGUACUCGCGAGGGAAACAAUUGAAUCGAGCAGAGCGAGACCGGAAGAGAGCGACUCAUGGAGAUGUCUUCCAAGAGCCUGCAUAACGAGCACAUUAAGCGGCCGAUGAACGCCUUCAUGGUGUGGUCGCGUGGUCAGCGUCGUAAAAUGGCACAGGAGAACCCGAAGAUGCACAAUUCGGAGAUCUCGAAGCGACUUGGCGCUGAGUGGAAGCUGCUGAGCGAGAGUGAGAAGCGCCCUUUCAUCGACGAGGCAAAAAGAUUGAGAGCUCUUCACAUGAAAGAGCAUCCGGACUACAAGUACCGGCCGCGUCGGAAGCCGAAGUCCCUGGUGAAGAAGGAGAACAAAUUCGGCUUCUCGAUAUCGCCGCUGCUAUCGGCCGGCGACAGCCUGGCCAAUCUGCCACGCGGUCUUCUGCCGCCGCUUGCACCGCCCACGCAUCACCCGCUGCUACAGCACGAGGACCUAAAGAUCCCGCGUUUCUUCCCGCCGUUUCCGUACCCGCUCUACCCGCUCCAGCACAAGCUGGGCGACGACUUCAACGGCGGCAAGCUUGCGGCCGAUCUGGCCCUGCAGGCUCUUUACGGCAGCGGCACUUUCUAUCCGAGCCACCAGACGAUGGCCUGGCCGACGGGUCUGUCGACGGCCACGGCUUGCCUGCAGCCUAAUUGCAGCUGUCCAAGCCCGCCUAAGGAACCCAAAAGACCCUUUCCACCGUCCAAAAUGGACGAUCCGCCGUUCCCGAGCCCGGCUCGCGCCGACGACGACGCCGUCGUCGCGGAACGCGAGGAGUCUCGUUACCGGAAACUCGACGAGGACGGCUUUCCCGCUAGUCUGGAGAGGCAUCAUCAUCAUCAUCAUCAUCAUCAGGAAGAUCGCUCCCAGGAUCGCUUCUCUUCGUCCUCGUCCUCGUCGCCGCCCACGGAGCAACCCGCGGAGAAACUGUCAGCGACGACAACGACGACAUCCGCGUCAUCCGCGAGUGGCCGCGUCGACAGCGCCUUUUCCGUUCAAAGUUUGACGAGUAACUCGAGCUCGAGCGGCUCGAACUCGGGCUCGCAGCGCGGGCACGUUAUAUGAAGGCCGCUUCCGGUUCUCCCGGACCUGAACUUCCGGGGGAGCCUGGUGCCGGCCGCGUGGCCGGCCGCCGAUUGGUGGCGGGUCGCCCCGAUGCUCUCGCCGAUCCCGCAGACGACGGUCGCCGGCCUCAGUGCCAGCGUCGUCAAGGAGGACGUCGUCCACUUUCAGGACGAGCAGCAGCGAAGCGCGACCGCGGUGUCCAGAUCACCGAGGAGCGGCGUACACAUCGCCAACGUGCAGUGAUUCGAUCGAAACGAUCGUAAUUCUACUUCCGGAUGAUCGCUCGGGUGUCUUGCGAUCGCAAGAACGGGCCACAGUGUCGCGCAGCUCGAAAGGACAGGACAGCCGUUUUUGUAGCCAUCCUUGAACUGAUAAAAAAUCGCGCGUAUAAUUGAAGCGCUCGCCCACGCGAGAGCGCUUAGGUUCGAGAAAAAGGCCGCAAUCGGGAAAUAACUUGGCGACCGGCGAACGAAAACGGGAGAUCGAUAACUCGGCCCCGAAAUCCCACAAAGGGCGGCGCAAAGGGUCCUCUCGACCGGAUCGUGCACGCGAAGCUGGAUGCUAGAGGAGUCCAAUUUUGAUGAGAUAACCAAACCCUCUCUCGCAUGCCACAUAUUACGGG